CCACCCCUGCUUUAUUCUACAUCACUGCUUCCCUGAUGUCAGCGUGAGAGGCAGAACAAAGGCUAAGAGGCACCCGACUUGUGUGCUCAGGGGAUGUAUGGUUCAAGAGAGAGGAUGAUAUUGUUUCAGAACAUUCAGCAAUGCAGAUUUUCCUGUUCAAAUAUCCCAAGUCUCUCAUUUUUUAGGGGAGAUAAUGAAUUUCAGGAUUUUUCAUUAAAUCAGACAAGGAAUCUGAGUUGCCAGGGUGGAUCUGGGCUUUCAAAACUGGCAUAUAUUUUCAUCGACAAGCAGGAAAAGAUGGAUGCAGAUGGUGAAGAUAAAAAGCUGCGAACUCGCUCAAAAGGAAGCAAGGUACAAGUGGACACUCUAGUGAAGGAGCUCAGUGCUGCAUGUGGUUGCCCCAUGGCUAGGAAGAGGAGAGCUGAAGAGCCGGCUUCAGGAGUGCCAAUCAACAAAAGAAAGUCCCUUCUAAUGAAGCCUCGACACUAUAGCCCCAAUAUGGGAUGCAAAGAAGAAACUGAGGAGCGAAUUGAGCUGGAAGAGGACAACAGCCUUUUGGAAACAAACGGCCAUUCCAUGCCAGAAGAUAGUGUUAGGACAUCAACCAAUGGGCCUUUACAUUCCAAUGGACAAGAAAGUUCAACCCGAAGCCAAGAAGGGUAUGCCUGCUACCAAGAUGUGGGGGUCACAUCUAGUCUAAUGAAUUUGGGAAAGCUAGAGAAAGAUGCAGCUGCUCAAACGGUGACUGAAAACCUAAAUGACAGCGGCAUUCAGCCGCUCAAAACCGAAAGCGAUGGUGUAGACGAGCGCUACCUGAUCCGUCCACCUGAAAGGAAAGGCAAGAUGGACAACCUUUGCCCGCCAUACGGUUCAUCUGAUGACAACGAAAGCAACUCCGAAGUCAUGGAAAAUGGCUGGGACACUUCCUCCACCUUCUCAGAAGAAACACCGGUCAGACCCCAUGCAGGGCAACAGUAUCUUCAAGGGAGUCAUCAGAAAGACCAGUUGGAUAUCCCAGAAAUUAAAACCGAAGGGGAAAAAUUUGUCCUCCGUAAAACCGUGUGUGACUCGAAAAGUGAAUUGAGGCAUUCUCAAGAUUUGCACCUUGAAUCCUUUGAAAAAAGAGUCCAGAAUCCAUUCCCAGAGAGUGAGGAAGAUGACAGUGAGAGCCUGUCGGUAACCACAGAAGAGUCCACUGACUUGGAUAAAACAAAAGGGAACUUGAGUUUGCUGGAACAGGCCAUAGCUCUGCAGGCAGAGCCCGGCCACGGAUUUCAUAGCACCUACAAAGAACUGGACAGGUUUCUUCUGGAGCACCUGGUUGGGGAAAGACGGCAAACCAAAGUGAUGGACAUUGGUGGGAGGCAGAUGUAUCACAGCAAACUGGAGAUGUCCAGAGAGUUCAAGUGUGGUACAGGGUACAAUCAGAUUACCACCACCCAGCAGCUAAUUUCCCAGGAUGCCAAGUCACUGGAGCAACAUUUCCAGGAUUCACCUAGGUCUGAAAAGAGAGAGACCAAAUGUCCUAUCCCAGGAUGUGAUGGCACAGGUCACGUGACCGGACUCUAUCCACACCACCGCAGUCUCUCAGGCUGCCCUCACAAAGUCAGAGUGCCUCUAGAAAUUCUUGCUAUGCAUGAAAAUGUACUCAAGUGUCCCACCCCAGGAUGCACCGGGAGAGGCCAUGUCAACAGCAACCGCAACACACACAGAAGUCUUUCUGGUUGUCCAAUUGCUGCAGCUGAAAAAUUGGCAAUGUCCCAGGAUAAAAAUCAGCUUGAUUCUCCCAAAACCGGGCAGUGUCCUGACCAGGUUCACAGGACAAACUUAGUCAAGCAGCUGGAGUUAUCACAGUUCAGUUUCAGAUCUUCACAAGUGGUCACCUCUCCCAGAGCCCAUCUGACAAAAGAACAAGAGAAAUUUGGGAAAGUACCAUUUGAUUAUGCCAGUUUUGAUGCUCAGGUUUUUGGCAAGCACACAUUAGGACCUACGGGACCAGGAAGAAAGACACCACAGUUUCCUGAAUCAAAGCAUUUUUCAAAUCCAGUGAAAUUUUCUAAUCGACUGCCUAGUGGUAGCGCCCACACACAGAGCCCGUGCCAUGCCAACUCUUAUAGCUACGGUCAAUGUAGUGAAGACACCCACAUAGCAGCAGCUGCUGCAAUCCUGAACCUUUCCACCCGCUGCAGGGAAGCAGCAGAGAUUCUCUCCAACAAACCACAGAGUCUGUCUGCCAAGGGAGCCGAGAUAGAAGUGGACGAAAAUGGCACGUUGGACUUGAGCAUGAAAAAGAAUCGAGUCCAGGAGAAGGCCACAACUCUAACUCCUUCUGAUACUUCCGCUCCGACUCCCUCCUCGUCCCCAUUCAAAACCAGCAACAUCUUGGUAAAUGCAGCCUUCUAUCAAGCCCUGUGUGAGCAGGAGGGCUGGGACACCCCUAUCAACUAUAGCAAGACACAUGCAAAGACAGAGGAGGAGAAAGAGAAAGAUGCUACGAGGUCUCCAGAAAACCUAGAAGAAAAAAAGUAUCCUGGAGAAGUCUCUAUUCCAAGCCCUAAACCCAGGAUCCAUGCAAGAGAUCUCAAAAAGGAACUCAUCACCUGCCCCACUCCAGGAUGUGAUGGAAGUGGCCACGUAACCGGAAACUACGCAUCACAUCGCAGCGUUUCUGGAUGCCCAUUAGCUGACAAGACACUAAAAUCCCUAAUGGCUGCCAACUCUCAGGAGCUUAAGUGCCCAACCCCUGGUUGUGAUGGCUCAGGUCAUGUGACUGGAAAUUAUGCUUCCCACAGAAGCUUGUCUGGCUGUCCUCGUGCCAGGAAAGGGAGUAUCAAAGUGACUCCUACCAAGGAAGACAAGGAAGACCCUGAACUUAAAUGUCCUGUGAUAGGAUGUGAUGGCCAAGGUCACAUAUCAGGUAAAUACACUUCUCACCGCACUGCUUCUGGUUGUCCUUUGGCUGCCAAGAGACAGAAGGAGAAUCCUCUCAAUGGGUCUUCGCUAUCCUGGAAACUGAACAAACAAGAACUGCCACAUUGUCCUUUGCCAGGAUGCAACGGGCUGGGUCAUGUAAAUAAUGUUUUUGUCACCCACAGAAGCUUGUCUGGUUGCCCUCUUAAUGCACAGGCCAUAAAAAAGGGAAAGAUCUCAGAAGAAUUAAUGACUAUCAAGCUUAAAGCAAGUGGUGGUAUAGAAAGUGAUGAGGAAAUCAGGCAUUUGGAUGAGGAGAUAAAAGAACUGAAUGAAUCCAACCUUAAAAUUGAAGCAGACAUGAUGAAACUUCAGACCCAGAUCACAUCUAUGGAGAGCAAUUUAAAAACUAUAGAAGAGGAGAACAAACUGAUAGAGCAAAACAAUGAGAGCCUUUUGAAGGAGCUAGCAGGGUUAAGCCAAGCCCUCAUCUCGAGCCUUGCCGACAUUCAGCUCCCACAGAUGGGGCCGAUCAGUGAGCAGAAUUUCGAAGCAUAUGUAAAUACACUCACAGACAUGUACAGCAAUCUGGAACGGAACUAUUCCCCGGAAUGCAAGGCUCUGCUGGAAAGUAUCAAACAGGCAGUGAAGGGUAUCCACGUGUAGGAUGGGAAUGUUGCUGGGCAUCCGAAAUUACUUAACAGCGGUAAACUCCAGAUGGAUCUGUUAGGAGUCAUGUUCUGCUAAGGGCCGUAGCUUGCCGGGCUGCAUUUACAACUGCAACAUUGCACUGACGUAAAAAAGACAGAAAAAAACCCAAGAUAGACUAUUUGGAUUUACAGAAAUGCACUCAAUUAGUACGUCUUAUUUAUUUUAAUACAUUUCUCUUUGGUUUCUCCGUGUGCACUGGGUUUUUGUAAAGUGUAUGUAAAAAGGGUGGGGAGGGGUGUGUGUGUGUGACUAUUUUUUAUACUUUUUAUUUAUUUCUAAUCAGAGGUUUUUUUAUCUUUUAACAGCAUUUUUGCAACCUUGCCAUAUUUUUACAAGUGUGUUCAUUUAUUUGCCAGUGGGAUUUUAAAUAGACAGAAAAAGUUGUUCUAUAAACUAUCUUGCUGGGUUUGUAUGAAAAAACAAAAAGCCUGAAAGAAAGCUAUCUAGAAGGGUGGACUAGUUGGCUUUUGAUUGCAUCCUGCUUUUUUUUUUUUUCGUUUUCCUCCCCCAAUAGGGUUGCAUCCAUGGGAAUUUGCAGUAAUUUGGGAUUCGGGGCGCUACUAAAGAAAGGGUGGAUGGCGCUCCCUCGUGGGAACUAGCACUCAAAGCACAGUACGCUGAUCAGCAGCAUUGUCAAGAAUUUGUUAGCAAUAAUAGAAAUAAACCAUUUGACUUGGCUGUACGGGUUUAGCCCAGGAAAGCUAUAUCACUUUAAGUGUUUUAAAGGAACCGAAAUUAUUUUAACAAUGCAGUUUUGUGCAGAGAAGCAGCGUGGCUCAAGGGAAAGAGCCCGGGCUUUGGAGUAAGAGGUCACGAGU